AUGAGAACUUCAGCUCUCGUCUCGGCCCUUUUCUUCUCCAGUGCCCUGGCGGCCAUCGGCAGCUACUGCAAGGACAGCAAGCACCCCGUUCUCAUUGACUUGACUCUACAGGGCAACUAUGGCACUUGCCAGAAGGUCACCAAGUGCAAGUCUCUCAACGGCUACACCAAGACCAACCUCUGUCCCAAUGACCCAGACGACGUAAAGUGCUGCUUCUAUCCGGAUUGCAACAGCAACGGCUUUUGUCAGAGGGACAGCAUAUCCUGCAGCGGCACUUACUCUACGUGA